CAAUAACUCAGUAAUUUGCACAUGUGGAUGUACUUCCAGCAUCGGGAUAAACAGACAGAGGUGGAAGUGGCCCUUCCGCUACACCAAAGCCGCACAUCUGCUUUGGGGGCGAGUUUCUUUUUUUACGUAAAUGAUGUGAGCAGGAGUGGCACUUGGGGGGGCUUUAAAUAGGAACUGUCUCCAAACUUUGGGACAACAGAGCAUCUGAAAGCUUCAGCUCCAACAGCUCGCAGUGGAAACCACCAGUUUGUUCCAGGAUGGACGUCAACAGAGGACUGGGAAUGAAGGACACUGUGCUGGCGCUCUUGCUCGCUCUCCUUCAGGGAUUUCCUCUGGGGGAGUCGGCCCCAAACCCGUCACCUCUGGUGGGAUCCAACUGGGGGAACCCGAGGAGAUACGUUCACCUGCAGACAUCCACAGAUCUCAACAACUUCUAUUUAGAGAUCAAACUAGAUGGAACUGUGCGCAAAACUACAACCAGAAGUUCAUAUAGUGUGAUUUUACUCAAAAGUGAAACAAGGGAGCGCGUUGCCAUCCUCGGCGUCAAGAGUAGCCGCUUCCUGUGUAUGGAUGGAGAAGGCACCCCGUUCAGCUCUCCCAUCUGCCUCAGGGACGACUGUCUGUUCAACCACAAGCUUCUGGAGAACAACCGGGACGUGUACUACUCCAGCAGGACCGGCAUCCUGUUCAACCUGGAGGGCUCCAGGCAGGUGUACGUGGCCGGUCAGAACCUGCCGCAGACCUCCCUCUUCCUCCCCAAGAAGAACACGGUGCCGCUGGAGCGCCUGCUGCUGCACAGAGAGAAGAGGAACCAGGUGGUGGAUCCCUCAGACCCGCACAAUGUCUACCUGGGCCACACCGAGGAGGGCUCGGACUCCCGGGCUGUGCCGGAGGUAGACGACACAGACCUGGAGGUGGAGGCUGAGGUGGAGGUUGGGGACGACGGACGCAACGUGUCCCGAGAGACGCAGUUUUCUCCGUCCUCCCACGACCCGUGGAACGCGCUUUCAUCAAACUCGGGCAGUCCACGGAGCUCUGGGACCAUGGGGUGAUUCGGGUGACACAUGUGUAGGUCCCUUUACCAUCAGUGAGUCAGUAAUGUUGGAUUUUAUGAUCAUUUCAGAGAUAAAGUCAUUACAUUAGGAUUAACUUUGAGACGCAAUCUUUUCUACUUUUUCCACUGAUUAAAUAUUAUCCAUUCAGUAUCACCAGUUUAGAAAAAGUUGCGCGUUUAUGCACUACAUGUGCAAAAUGUCAGACUUGACUUGCACCUCUUUUGCACAAUAAUUAAAGCUCGGUUUGUAGCUACAUUUUACAGUACAGUUGGACAGGGUAGAUACAGCUGCAGACUUCAUCACAACUGAAAUGUCUUUAAAUGAGCCCGUUGAUCUUUUCUAGAGAAUUUUGCAAGUAACCCUCAUCUAUAAUAUCUAGAUUAAUAAUCCCCAGCAGUUGGCAUCUGUUCAAAGCAGUGAACUGUGGGUAAGAUGCCCAAAGAGCUGUGUGGUUCAUUUUUAAGGAUGCAGUCACCAGUUUUUGGGGAUACAAGCAUAUCAGCAAUCUUUUUUUCUUCUUUUAUUUAAUUUUCUCUGUCUUUUUCUUUCUGUGGGUUUUGCAGCAGGUCUGACAAACCCUCAGAUUAGAGAAGGAUAUUAUCUCAAGACAGAGAACUAAUUUAAUCUUCUACUGGAGGACUUAAGGCUCCAUGUUACUGAUGUGAAACUGGACAGGCAUGAUAUAAAAAUGUCAGAAAAUAUACUAACAUCCCUAGGAGUUGUAUUUAGUAGUAUUGAGGUUAUAUGUGUUUACCAUGCCCAUAUCCUGAAGGCUUUAGUUUACAUCUUUUAACUUGGCUAUUUAUCUCACGUCCUGCAAUUAGCUAGAUGGAAAAAAAAACCCAGCCAUUUUUAAACAUUUUAUAAUCAAUUGGAUUCCUUUCUAAUAUCUAUUGUUCUGUGUAUAGAUUUUUCUUUUUCAAUGAGUACAAAGUGUUUAUGACUUGAAGGAAUAGCAUUACAGGGUGAGGAGCCUUCAGAAAACUGAAUCCUGAUAUUAAAUCUGAACUGUUAAGUGACUUUCAGGUGCUGGUCACCACCAGCAAACACAAAGACCGGUCCCAAAGAGUAUUUAUUUAUUUAAAUCCAUUCCUUUAUUGUUAUUUAUGAUAUUUAUAAGGAUGCUUUACAAUCAAAUGUACAUGCAGUAUAUGAAAACAUGGAUUGUCUUAGAAUGUAUGAGCUGGAGUUGAUGGAAAAAAUAAACUCUUAAAGGAAAACAGCUGUGAGUGUUAAUUCAUUCAGACUGAUAUCAUUGUAAAGCUAUAAGCUUGUGCUGCUUCGUGUGCUGCAUCUUUUGUAAAGACAACUGUGUCUAACAUGAACAGAAGUCAUGAACAAGUAAGCAGGUUUAACAGUGACCAUGGUACAGAGCAGUUCUCAUUUGCUCAACAUCCACAUAAUUAGUUCAGAGGUACAUGAGCUGCUGCUAAGUCAAGUUAUGUGCUAUUAUUUUAGCCCUGUUUUGGUCACUUGACACACUACAGCGUCAAAGAUUAGAUAUUCUUUAAAAUCAUUAUUAAAAUGAAAUGUAUCAGAAAGGCUUUAAAACAGCAGCUGCUCAUGGGUUAGGGCUCAGUGGUCAAGGUGUAGCAGAGCCUUAACGUUCUAUUGAGGAUGACAAAAGUCUGAUUCAAUCUUAAAGACAUCUGGGACACAACUCAUUUUUAUCCUGAUACCUUGGACAAUAAAACUUGAAGAUUAU